AUGGCGCUCUUUUCAGCAGCAGCAAAUGGAGACUUCCUGAAGAUACAAUCAUUAAUCGACUCGGAAGACAAGUCAGAGGAUUCGGGAGGAGUUGAUGUAAACUGCACGAAUGCAUCUGGCAAAACACCCCUUCACAUUGCUUCGGAAAACGGACAUUUGCAAACGGUUAAAUGCCUCACCCACCAUGGAGCAAAAGUGAAUGUGAUCGAUGCUAACCUACAAACAUCGGUUCAUUUAUGCUCGAAGAAAGGCCAUCUUCAUGUGGUACAGAUGUUAGUGAACGAAGGAGCAGAUAUUGAAAUUGGUGACAAAGAUGGGUUUACAGCUCUUCACGUAGCAUCAUUCAAUGGUCAUAUUGAUGUUGUCAAAUACCUUGUUACUAAAGGGGCAGAGCUGGAGAGACUUGGUAAUGAUUACUGGACACCUCUACACCUUGCUUUAGACAGUGGCCAUCUUGAUAUUGCAGAUUACCUUUUGACAGAAGGAGCCAACAUUAACACAUGUGUAAAGGUGCAGACCCGGGGAUACUUGCUAAUGAAGAGGACCACUAUGACUACCUUCGCAGUACGUUCGGUAGUAAGGCUCUCCCUAGCUUAA